ACGUUGCCGGCCAGUGGACGGCUAGGUGUUCCACUCUUAGCAGAAUUUCGCGCCAGAGGAACAUUCAAAUUCGACAUUAAAAACCGUGCCGGUGCUGCAAAGAGCCAACUUGAUUAGAGGAAAGGCGGAAAAAGCGAGAAAUCUCAUAGGAAGAAUUAAUAGUAACAAAUGUGGCUAAAAAUAGGAAUAAGGUCAAAGAGUCGAGAGCCGAGGUGUGCAGUGCGGGAGUGUUCUUUGACAAGCUUGUUUUUCAAAAUACGCUUUUAAAUAUUGACUAUUUUUCUAAAUUGAAGAGAUAUCCGAAUUUAAAAUUGGUCAACAAAUGGAGAAGCAGGCGGAAAGUCGUCCCAAAUUUCUCAUAGGGGAAAGAGUUCUUUGGUUAGGGAGUGGAAGCGGAUUACCCAAAAGCGGGCAGGUCAAAUGGAUCGGGAGGCUUUUGGAAAUUGGACCAAAUUUGGCUGUCGGUCUUGAACUGGAUGAACCAUUGCCUUAUGGAGGAAUUGAUGGGACAUGGGGUUCUCGACAACUUUUUAGAUGCGAAUCAAAGCAUGGUCUGAUUGUUCCUUCAUCCAGCGUAAUCCCUCAACCCCAACACAGAGCGCCUUUCUACACCGAGACCAAGUCCGAAACGAGAAAAAGCUCGCUGCAGGUGUCGACUUUAAAUAGAUCUAAGAUUGCAAGGACAUUAUUUGCGUCGGAGAGAUAUUUAAGCGAGGGUUCAUCACCAAUCGUUACACGGAAGACAAGGGAGUCGAGUAAGUUCACAAGAGGCUUUGAGACGUUACCAAGGCCUAGUGGUGGUGUAGGAGGCAGCAAACUGAAUCUGCACACCAAGGCAUUAGAGAAGGAUCGAGAUGGGAAGAUAUUUGGGAGAACGAUGAACAGGGAAUUUAGGAGGUCGGACGAUCAUCUUGAAAGGACAAGUUCGAUAAAUUCAUCUAAGAGUGCCAGUUCACGGAGAGAUAGGUCAAGCGGGAUUUUUUCCAUUUUCAAGUGGUUCAAGAAAGACAAAUCCCUCGAUUCCGACGACUUCGACUCACCUCCUCUUCCGGGUUCGCCGAUCCUCGCGAGAAAAAACGGUUCGAUUUGCGGAAGUAUUGAUACGCUUUUUAGCACGGCGACAGUUACCAGUUUUGCCUUCGUACCGCCUUCUUAUUACAAGCCUUUCGGAGCCGCUAACCAACCGGAAAUCAGAAUCGCCCUCGGGCCGGAUACGAACACGUACAAGAAUAGAAUAAAGGAAAGAGAUGAGUUAAGGCGCUUCGAUAAUAAAAUAUCUCUCAGGGAGAAAUACAAACUCUAUGCAAGUGGUACUCUGCCUAGGAGUGUGGAUAGGAUAAACGAGAUUAGGGACGGACCCCCUUCAGAUUCGGAAAGCAAAAGCUCUUCUAUUAGGAAGAAAAAACGGAAAGCGCCGCCCCCGCCUUUGACCCAAAGCGAAAACAGUCUUCCUGACGCCCAAAACAAAGAGAACAACCCUUUGAGACAUCAUAGGAGAGCACUAAGCGAGCCCGAGGCGGCCAAAUACAUCAAAGCUUGUCAUGUGAAAGGGAAAAGGAAAGCACCACCGCCUCCCGCAGGUAGAGAGGAAAGGACUUUGAGCUUGACUAGGAAAAAACGUCCUGCACCGCCGCCUCCGAACGUGAAUCCUAAAAAAGAAAAAGAAGAUAUUUCAAAAAUCAUACAGAAAACGCCUUUCGAUAUAAACAAUUCUAAUCAGGAACAGGAAGACAGUGCUAGUAACACUAACAAGACCGAAACCUGCGAAGUGAUAUCCACCGACACGUUGAGAUUGGAAAGAGGCGUCCUGAAACAGAACAAAGUAGACAGACCGAUGUCGGAACCGAAAUUUAGUCCUUCCUCUCCGGUCUCCCCGAGGCCUUGGUACAAAAGAAACACUCCUCACAAACAGGAGUCGGUCAUAUGGAGGCUGGACAAGAAAAAGCCUGCAAAGAAAGAUGCCCACGAUAGUAAAUUCCUAGAAAGCGGUUUCCCCAGAAAAUUUACUUCUGGAGAGAACAAGUUCAUCAAUAUAUUCAGUAAAAUCGAUAAGCCGGAAGAGAAAAGAAAAUCCCAGAUUUCAAUACUUACAAAUAUCAGUGAACUAGACAGAGAAGCUGCAGAAAUAGUUAAAAACAACAAAGCCAGGGAACAAACCUUCCUAGCCGAACUCAAUAAAACUUUUUACCCAGAUAGAAGCGAGAUCGAGAGAGUAAGUUUAAACGAGAAUCUGACACAUCCUACAAAUAAGACACCUAUUCAUCGGGUAGUUCUGGAUGAAGCGGAAGUUAGAAUCGUGGACACGGCUAGUUCUAUUCCGGAACCCGAAAAUAAAAUAGCUAAAGUAACUAUCGAGGAAUUGGACGAAUACGACGCGGAAAGGAAUUCAAAAGCGCAAACGAUGUACGAAGUAAACAGGAUGUACCGUCAUCAAUCUCCUCCCAUAUCCAUGAUCCCCGAAGUGUCCGAGAGUUCCGCUAAGUCAUCCAGUCCUUCGUCUUCUAUCGCAAGCAGCAGCACUUACGAAUCCACGACGUCGAAGCCCGAGCUGAAAGUUUUCGGGGGGCAGCUCGUCUGGAUCUGCCCUCGCUGCACUUUAGAAAAUUGCAGGUGGAAAAUAACGUGCGGGGCAUGCGACCUGUGGAGGCCGAGUCCCUGUGAUUUCAAAGAAAAGUCGAAACCUUCGGAGUCGCAGCCUCCCGUUAUGAACCCCAAAGAGAAUAAAAAAAGUUCAGGUUUGAAAGGUCCAUCUACUUCGAGAGACUUAAGCAACGAAAUCAUCGAUCAAACUACCAAAUUAGUCGAGAAUAUUUCAAAAGGAAUAAAUAUUGCAAUGAUGAUGGAUAAAAAAAGGGACGAGAAGACGAACGUCGUUCUGGAUCCUGAUGGGGCAACCAGUACAAACCAAAUCGACAAACAAGCAGAAGAGGUUCGCCUCGCAAGGUUGGCCUUUUUCGAUAAAUAUUCCACACCUAACAACCUCCAAACCAGGAUACCGAUAUUGGAGGAAACCAACAAAUUUUCCGAAUCGAGCGACAAUAAAAGAAAUAUUACUGUUAAUAUAAACGUUGAAAAAGAACCAAGGAAACAUGACGUCGCACAAAACAUUGAGGAAUGUAGACAGAUUUUAAACAGUAUAAGCGAGAACCAGGGUAAAAAGGACAUUAUAAGGCCAAGUUCACCAAACCUAAGAAGUGUCCCGAAAAUUUCUAACAAAACGUUAAACGAACCGUCAACUUCCAAUAUAAAAAAUGAAGUUCUUGUAAAAUCAGACGCAACCUUAAAAAUGAGUUUAGUUGAAGGGGAUAAAAACAAAAACACAAGUGACAUUACCGCAAUUCAGAGUGCGUCGAAAGAUUUAACGGCCAAUGUUCGAGCUUUGUCAAAUUUUGCAAACUUUAAAAACAUUAAUACGACGAAAAUUACAAACAAUUCUGCUGGUGAACGGAGAGAAGUAUUUCCGGAAACAUCUAAGUUAGGCGUUACUCCUGGAGCAGUUGAGGCAACAGUGAAAUCUGAAGAUAACAAAGUUACUAAUGAUUUCAAUGCCGUUCCCAGUUGUUCAAAAGACAACUUAAUGAACUGUGAAGAGUAUUCGAAAAUUACAAGUUGCAUAAACUCCGUCCCGGGAACAUCAAGAAACAAUUUAACGUUGUUUGAAGAAAACGUCAAAAGUAAAAAUGAAAAUAUUUCUGUCGCUACGACGGAGAACAGGUUUGUUGAUGAACCUACUAAAAAUACAAAUCGUAAUAACGAAUCUCGCAGUUUGAAUGCGGUCGAUGUUCCAAGCUCUUCGAAAGAAAAUCCUUCCUCGACAAAAACGACAAACAUUAAAGUUACUCAGACGCCUGAGACACCAAGAAUAGUGUCCAAAGACAUUGAAGAGAGCAGGAGGAUGCUGAAGGAAAUGUUAAAGGAGAUGAAGCACUCGCUUCCAAAAAGACCGGAGAUUAAGAAAGAAUCGUCGAAGAAGGAAGAAAAACAUUUACACCGUGACAACAGUGACGUUGCAGAAGCAUACUUAAUAGAGAGUGAAACAAUAGUAGAAGAAAUAAAAUUGAAAAAGCCGUCAGAAAAAGUGUCUUCGUCUGCCCAGACUAGUGCCAUGGUCCGACAGAUCGUGCCAAAAGUCAAACCUUCAUCGGGCUCUCAAAUAAUCGUACCAAUGACAAUAGAAGAGUACCAAAUCAAAGAUGGCGUUUUGUAUACCUCCGUGACCAAAAAACAGGCGAAGAAAAUUGGUACAGGAACGUUCGAAUUAUUACGACCGAGGGAUUUCGCCAAUAUAGAGGCGGUCAAGGCUCACAACGCCAUGCCACCACUUUAUGUCAAUGUCGACGAUGACCCGGGCGGUCAAGAACAGGCUGAAAACAAAAAUCAAGAAGUCGAAAAAUUAUCAGAGCAGCUAACUAGGCCACAAGGACUCGCAAAUUUCAGAGCUGGACUCGGAAAUGAAGCGAGCAACAUGAACACGAUGGCAGUUAACAGGCUGUUAAAAAGACUGGAAGGAGCCAUAGCGAAUGGCCAACUGGAACUUGCUGCCAUUCUCGCCAAAGAACUGGCCCAAAUGAAAGUCAGUUGCUCCGUUACAAGACAGAAACCAGAGCUGCCCGUUAAACUCAUACCGGUUGAAUUAUAUAUAGAGGAUAAACACAACCAUAGAGGUCCUUUUCCAUUAAAAAUAUCUCCCAAGAUGACAUUAGCUGAGCUGAAGAAGCAGGUCGAAGUCGAGUACGAUCUGCCGAGCAACGUGCAGCGAUGGAUUUUAGGGAAAAAUCUCGCCAGCGACAAUUCUGCGACUCUCGAAUCUAUGGGUGUCGACAAGCCACAAGUACCGCUAUUUUUGUAUCUCGUAGUCCCAGAUGCGAACGUGCAGACGACGAACGAUGCUAGCGGCGUAGAGGGUAGUGCUGAAAUUUCGUACGCAGAAGAUCGUGAGAAGAAAUCUGAGGGAGGCAAAAUCGAAUUACAAGCAACGACCAGCAAAGAGCCUCUUUUAGAAAAGGUGAUCCCUAUACAGAAUCUUGCAGAACAGAUUCUGGAAGAGGAAACUGAGGAAGAGAUUAUAGAAGAAGUCGAAGAUCCUGAUGUCGAAAUCGAAGAACCGGACACUCCUGUCGUUCAGGAUGAAACCAAAGAAUUUCCCUUCGGAACUCUGGCUCUGGGGUGGAAAUGCAGACAGUGUACUCUAAUAAACAGGCCUACAAGGGUUAAGUGCGCAGCUUGUAACACAGAGAAACCGACCGAGUACAAGGUUCCCGUCGAGUAUAAAGUUACCGAAGAAGAAAAACGAGAAAAUUACCAAAAGUUAAUGGACCUCGAGAAAGACGAUCUCAUAAUCAGUAUGGAAGAAUUUGAAUGUCCCAUUUGUUUGGUGCGCUACGAACCGAACGACGGUGUCAUCCUCAGGGAGUGCCUUCACGUUUUCUGCCGGGGUUGUUUGGCACACACAGUGGAAUAUAGCGAAGAAGCCGAGGUGAAAUGUCCUUACCGAGACGAUAUUUAUACAUGCGAUAGCACUCUUUUAGAAAGGGAAAUUAAAGCACUGGUUACACCCCGAGUAUAUGAAGGGCACUUGGCCAAGUCCAUAGCGUUGGCGGAAACCAAGAUCGGUAACACAUUCCACUGCAAGACUCCAGAUUGCAAGGGUUGGUGCAUCUACGAGGAUAACGUCAACGUGUUCAAGUGUCCCGUGUGCACUCACAUCAACUGCGUCACAUGCCAGGCCGUGCACGAAGGCCUCGACUGCAAGCAGUACCAGGAACAAGUCAACCUCGAUUCCGAGACCAACGUCGAAUCGAAACGGACGAAAGAAAUGCUUCAGGAAAUGGUGGAUCGUGGCGAAGCGAUGAACUGCCCGACAUGUCAGGUCGUCCUCAUGAAGAAGUGGGGCUGUGAUUGGCUGAGGUGUUCCAUGUGCAAGACUGAAAUAUGCUGGAUCACGAGAGGGCCGAGAUGGGGGCCAAACGGGAAAGGAGAUACGAGCGGAGGAUGCCAAUGCGGGGUCAACGGAGUUAAGUGCCACCCCAAAUGCACUUACUGUCAUUGAAAAUGUUUUAAGAUGCCCUGCCAUGGAAAAUUUUUUGAAUAAAGAAAUGGAAAAAUAAACUUUUUAUAUUA